GGAGCUACGGCCGAACAGGGUACCCGAAAAGUACCCUCGCGGGCUCGCUUCGCUCGCCACGCUUCGGACUAAUAGUUGGUGGCGGGGAUAGUAGAGCAACUGUCCCGCUGGUCUAGCUCCUCCCCCUUGUGCCGUGGCUCCUCCCCCUGACGGAAAAGGUCCCUUAGGCCACUUAGAUCUAGCUUCAACCCUGCAGUGACCUGGAUCUGUCUGCAUGCACAGAGGAAAGAGCUAUCGAAAUGAGAAACUGGUAAACAUUCAGAAUGCAACAUCGGAUUCUUCCUUUAAGAGCGGUGUUUACUGACCUUUUUUGUAAGAAGAGAUUGGCCUCCAGCACUUUUAAGUCACACCAAAGAGGCAUCAUGAAUGUCAUUAGUGAAAGACACGGCACUAUUCUGACAAUUGGUAUUAACAGGCCUGAAGCCAGAAAUGCUGUAAAUCCAGAGACUGCAUCCCAGCUUGUCCAAGCGUUUAAUGAAUUUGAGAAGGAUCCUUCCCUAACAGCGGCAGUAUUCCAUGGAUUAGGUGGAAAUUUCUGUGCUGGGUUCGACUUAAAAGAAGUAGCUCACAAUGCAAGCUCAUUGAAGGUAGAACCAGACGUCACUAAAGGACCCGGGCCUAUGGGACCUAGUCGAAUGCAAUUUUCCAAACCGGUAAUUGCUGCUGUGAGCGGUUAUUGCGUAGCUGGAGGACUUGAGCUGUCUCUUCUGGCAGAUCUUCGUGUAGUGGAGGAAAGCGCCACCUUUGGAGUGUUCUGCAGGCGUUUUGGUGUUCCACUGAUUGAUGGAGGAACAGUGCGAUUGCCACAGUUAAUUGGGCUUUCCAGAGCACUAGAUCUCAUCCUAACAGGGAGGCCCGUUAAUGCCCAAGAAGCAUAUCAGUUUGGACUUGCCAAUCGAGUGGUCCCUGACGGACAAGGACUUCGGUGUGCCAUUGAGCUAGCAGAGCAGAUAUCGGCAUUCCCCCAGAAAUGCAUGAAAGCUGACAGAUCCUCAGCUUACUACAGCACAUUUGAUGCCACCAGCUUCACUGAUGCAAUGCAGUUUGAAUUCAAUAAUGGUGCGGAUGUUGUCGUUGAAGAAUCGGUUUCUGGUGCUAAAAGGUUCAGCGCAGGAGAAGGGAGAAAAGGGAAGUUAUAGAUAAAGUCCAUACACAUGGAUGGAUGAUGAUGAUGGACAAAUAGGGCUAAUUAACGUUAACUUCUUUAAUGCAUUUAUUGAUUAUUACGUUUAUCCACAUGGAUGAUGUGUAACUAACAUGGGUGAUAAUGGACAAGCUGGGUUAAUGCAUUGCCUUUCAGCAUACUACACAGUGAUACAGUGGUUCUAGAGAGUUUGUAAACCCUUUCAAAUUUGCUGAAAUUCUGCGUAAAUGUGACCUUAAAGUUGUUCAGAUCUUCAUCUAUUAAGACAAAAAGAUAAAGAGAACCCAAUAAAUCAAAUAAUACACAAAUGGAUAUACUUUCUAAUUAACUGAUGGAUCAACAUGGUCCAACAUUACAUUGUCUUUUGCUUGGAAAAAGUAUGCCAAAUUUUUGUAUUCAAUAACUGAUGCUACAAUCUUGAGCAGCAAUAACUUCAAUAAAACGUUUAUGCUUGUCCCACA